AUGAGACGACAGAGAACAGAGGGUGUAAAUCAAGCGACACCUCCUCGGGAGAGACGGGACGACGUCGCUCUAUUAGGACCUAGCUACAAGAGACGCCCGAGGGACGACAGCUGGACUGUCGGUUGGUUGAAGGCGGAGGAUCAGACAGUUUUGACCCUUCAUACCAAAGUCGUAACCCACAACGCAAGAAUCUCCGUAAGUCACGACAACGAACGUGUCUGGAGGCUUCACAUCAGACAACUGCGCGAGACAGACCGUGGCUGCUACAUGUGCCAAAUCAACACCAGUAUCAUGAAGAAGCAGAUAGGUUGCAUAGAUGUACACGUUGAUCAGCUGCUAAUUUGGGCUAAUACCAUUUUUUUUCGAGACAGGUGUAAAUGGAUAUCCACCUACGACAGAGCCGAACUGAGAUAUUUCGGAUCGAAAUAUAAGGGCUCCAAGGAUAAUGAUGGAAACCGGAGAAGAGGAAGAUGA